AUGCCGGCCGCAUUCGCGUCGCCGCUCACCACUCCCCGCGGCAGCCGGAAGCGGCGCACCAAGGGCCGCGGGGAGGCCGAGGUGGCUGAGCCCGCGCCGCUGUGGAAAACCGACUGGCAGCCGAGCCUCGUCAGCAAGUUGUCAGACGGCCAGCUCGCUCACUGCAAGGCGGUCUUCUUCGACAUUGACCGGGACGGGUCAGGAUCGAUCGACGAGGACGAGCUGUUGCACGGCCUGCGCUCGCUGGGACACGCCAUCCAGAAGCAAGACGUCAAGCAGAUGAUCGCCUCCAUCGAGGAGUGCCCGAGCGGCAACGGCGACGGGCGGGUGGACCUGCGCGAGUUCCUCCACUGGUACGCUCGGCUGCGCUCGGAGCAGCCGGACUCUGCCCAGAAACGCCUCCGGGAAACCUUCGACCUGCUUGGCGGCGCCAACGGCAAGCUCUCCAAGGAGGCGCUGCAGCGGAAGCUCGAGGAGCACUUUGGCAUCUGCCUCGACGUUGACGAGCUCCUCGACCGCCGUCACACGGGCGACCUCGAUCUCGAGGAGUUUGGCAUGCUGUUGCAGACGCCCGUGUGA